AUAAUCGUGAAUAGAUAUGAAGGUUCCCUGAAAACUGAUGCAUCUUCCCGGGUUGCUUUCAGGUUCCAGAACAGCGACGGGGAGGUCAAAUACCUGCGCGAUGCCGAAGAGCUGAUCCGGCCCGAGCGGAACACGUUGCUCGUAAGCUUUGUGGACUUGGAGCAGUUCAAUCAGCAGCUCUCUACCACUGUCCAGGAGGAAUUUUACAGGGUCUAUCCUUAUCUCUGCCGAGCAGUAAAGACUUUUGCCAAAGACCAUGGAAAUGUUCCUUCAAACAAGGACUUUUAUGUUGCAUUCCAAGAUCUGCCUACUAGACACAAAAUUCGAGAAUUGAUAUCAGCAAAGAUUGGCUCCCUGAUGCGCAUCAGUGGACAGGUGGUGCGAACCCACCCAGUUCAUCCCGAGCUUGUAAGUGGGACCUUCCUAUGCCUAGACUGUCAGACAGUGAUUAAAGAUGUGGAACAGCAGUUUAAAUACACGCAACCAAACAUCUGCAGAAACCCAGUCUGUGGCAACAGAAGGAGAUUCCUGCUGGACACAAACAAAUCGAGAUUUGUCGACUUCCAAAAGGUCCGCAUCCAGGAGACACAGGCCGAGCUGCCGCGUGGGAGCAUUCCUCGGAGCGUGGAAGUGAUCUUGCGUGCAGAAGCUGUAGAGUCUGCUCAGGCUGGUGACAAAUGUGACUUCACAGGGUCGCUGAUUGUCGUGCCUGAUGUGUCUCAACUCUCAACACCAGGGGUGCGCGCAGAAACCGGCUCCCGUGUCAGCGGGACGGAGGGCUACGAAACCGAAGGAAUCCGAGGACUUCGUGCCCUGGGAGUCAGAGAGCUGUCGUAUAAACUAGUCUUCCUAGCUUGUUAUGUUGCACCAACAAAUCCACGGUUUGGUGGAAAAGAGCUCCGAGAUGAAGAACAGACUGCAGAAAGCAUUAAGAACCAAAUGACCGUGAAAGAGUGGGAAAAGGUGUUUGAAAUGAGCCAAGAUAAAAACCUCUAUCACAAUCUGUGUACCAGCCUCUUCCCCACUAUCCAUGGUAACGAUGAAGUGAAGCGUGGGGUUCUGUUGAUGCUUUUUGGAGGAGUUCCUAAGACCACUUCAGAAGGCACUUCAUUGCGUGGGGACAUCAAUGUUUGUGUUGUUGGUGAUCCAAGCACAGCCAAGAGCCAAUUCCUGAAGCACGUGGAAGAGUUCAGUCCCCGUGCUGUGUACACCAGUGGAAAAGCCUCCAGUGCCGCCGGUCUGACGGCGGCUGUUGUAAAAGAUGAAGAGUCUCAUGAAUUUGUUAUCGAGGCUGGGGCACUGAUGUUGGCAGAUAAUGGGGUUUGUUGCAUUGAUGAAUUUGACAAAAUGGACAUGCGGGAUCAAGUAGCCAUCCAUGAAGCGAUGGAGCAGCAGACUAUAUCCAUUACUAAAGCAGGAGUAAAG